CGAGCACUGGCGUAGCGGAUGAAACUGCGUUAGUGAGGACACCAAACAGUGAGGACGCUGAACCGCAAAAGGUCGCCCCUCCCAAACCUGGGAUUCUGGUCUGACCGAGCUCACCGGCGAGUCAGCCCUACCUGCACUGCUCCAGUCUACUUCAGGGAGGCUACUGGGAUUGAGGUCUGCCACAAUGCUGCUGCUGCACAGAGCUAUGGUCUCCGGGCUCCAACAGGCCUGCAGACUCAGGUCAACCCCCUCAAGGCUCUGCAUUCGGGCCUGCUCUACAAAUGAUUCAUUCCAGCCCCAGCACCCCAGCCUCACCUUCUCUGGUGAUAACUCUGGCACUAGGGGAUGGAGAGUCGUGGGGACCCUACUAGGUCUCGGUGCAAUGUUGGCCUAUCAUGACCAUCGGUGUAGGGCUGCUCAGGAGUCACCACGAAUAUACACCAAAGAGGAAGUGAGUUCCCACACAAGCCCUGAGACUGGGAUAUGGGUGACUCUGGGCUAUGAGGUCUUUGAUGUCACAGAAUUUGUGGACUUACACCCAGGAGGUCCAUCAAAGCUGAUGCUAGCAGCUGGGGGUCCCCUAGAGCCCUUCUGGGCCCUGUAUGCUGUUCACAACCAGUCUCAUGUGCGUGAGUUACUGGCUCAGUACAAGAUUGGGGAGCUGAACCCUGAAGAAAAGGUACCCUCCACCUUGGAGACCUCUGACCCUUAUGUUGAUGAUCCUAUACGUCACCCCGCCCUGAAGGUCAACAGCCAACGCCCCUUUAAUGCAGAGCCCCCCCCUGAGCUGCUGACAGAAAACUACAUCACACCCAAUCCUAUCUUCUUUACCCGGAACCAUCUGCCUGUACCUAACCUGGACCCAGACACCUAUCGUUUGCACGUAGUAGGGGGUCCUGGGAGUAAGUCAUUAUCUCUGUCCCUGGAUGACUUGUACAAGUUUCCCAAACAUGAGAUCACAGUCACUCUGCAGUGUGCUGGUAACCGGCGCUCUGAGAUGACUCAGGUCAAACAAGUAAAAGGUCUGGAGUGGAGGACAGGGGCCAUCAGCACUGCACGCUGGGCUGGGGCACGGCUCUGUGAUGUGUUAGCCCAGGCUGGUCACAAACUGUGUGAAACCGAGGCCCACGUCUGCUUUGAGGGACUGGACUCAGACCCCACUGGGACUACCUACGGAGCAUCUAUCCCUCUGGCUCGGGCAAUGGACCCUGAAGCUGAGGUCCUGCUGGCAUAUGAGAUGAAUGGGCAGCCCCUGCCUCGUGACCAUGGCUUCCCUGUGCGGGUGGUGGUUCCUGGUGUGGUGGGUGCCCGCCAUGUCAAAUGGCUGGGCAGAGUGAGUGUGGAACCAGAGGAAAGUUACAGCCACUGGCAGCGGCGAGAUUACAAAGGCUUCUCUCCAUCUGUGGACUGGGACACAGUAGAUUUUGACUCAGCUCCAUCUAUUCAGGAACUUCCUGUUCAGUCGGCCAUCACAGAGCCCCAGGACGGGGAGACUGUAGAGUCAGGGGAGGUGACCAUCAAGGGCUAUGCAUGGAGUGGUGGUGGCAGAGCUGUGAUCCGGGUGGAUGUGUCUCUGGACGGGGGCCUAACCUGGCAGGCAGCUGAGCUGGAUGGAGAGGAACAGUGCCCCAGGAAGGCAUGGGCCUGGCGUCUAUGGCAGCUGCAAGCUGUUGUGCCAGCUGGGCAGAAAGAAUUGAACAUUGUUUGUAAGGCUGUUGAUAACAGUUAUAAUGUCCAGCCAGACACCGUGGCCCCAAUCUGGAACCUGCGAGGUGUGCUCAGCAAUGCCUGGCAUCGUGUCCAUGUCCAUGUGGCCUCAUGAGAGUAUGGAGUAGAGCCAUCUACACCCCAGAAACAUCUCAGCCCUUUUCCCCACCCUUUGGCCUCGCUGCCUCAGAAAAACCUUUCCCGCCUCUCUACUUCUUAGGUAUGGCCUUCCUAAGCCAUACCCAGGUACACACAUUACACACACAUUGCACCUUUCCACCCAGAAAACCUCCCUCCUUGUAUGCUAUGUUACAUACCCCUCCUGGCCUCUGACCCUGUGCCAGCAGGUGGCAGUUGUUGGAACAGGGGGCUAGACGUGAGAAAAGUAAUUUUGGAGACAAGCACUAUUUUCUCUGCCCACCCCACCUCCACUGUCACCAUCAAGGCCUUGUUUUGCUUUGCUUCUUGGAUUCUUCAGAGAAUGUGUGUGGCAUGUGUAAGAAAAGUAUUAAUGCUACUUUCUACUGCUUCUCUGAUUGCCAGAGAGUUGUGAGGAGAGCAAGGAAAGCAAUCCUUUCCCUUUAUAGUUCUAAUUUUCUAAAUACAUCAAUAAAGUGUCUCUUUAAGAUUAU